CGCCUACUGCGUCAUCCACUGGGCCCAUGGUUUGAUCCUCUCAACAACUGGAACUGGUUAUGGUCUUCUGCUCAAGGAUUGUUCCACCGCCAGGGCCACGGUUGGCAACACUACCGUCACCGUCGCUCCUCCACACGGAGCCUUCAAUGGGACUAUACUUGUUCUGCGCAAUUGUCCGGGCGCAAACGACCACAUAACGAGCCCGCCGACGAUGGCACCUGCUUCUUGCCGGCUCCCUUUUGGACCCAACCACUCCCAGAGAACGUGUGCCAAGCUACCGUCCACAUCACGCCUUUGCUCGGUACUCUAGCCCUCACCGGCAUUGGGACAGAAUCGCUGCAGCCGCACCACGACUCCCAACCGUCCUUACUGGCCGCCUGGAUGGCCGCCUCAGCCGAGGUGACCGAGUGUGUUGAAUGGACCCCUGAAGAAAUAGAGAUCGACGGCGACGAAAGCCUUCUUGCUGAAGCCCUACUCGAAGACCGGCUGUGUGUGAUCAGCGACGCUUAUAAGCUAGGUCUGGGCACGGCGGCGGUUCAACUGCUUUCACGUAAGGGUGGCAAGGAACGUAUUAUUGUUCGUUGUCAAACUCCGGGUCUACCUGAUGACCCGAGCGCAUAUCGGAGUGAAUUGAUUGGCCUACUGGCCGGUAUCAUGGUUGUUGAUUGGCUCCUGGACUAUGACAAUCGAGUCACACCGCAAAAAGCCCAGUUUGACCUGGUCUCCUCUAUCCGGGAGGCACUUGCUCGCUCCAGGGCCUCGUGGGAACCUAGCCAUGUGUACGGUCACCUUGAUAAGGCGACAUCCUUUUUGUGCCUCUCUUGGUGGUCCAAACGGAAUGUGGAAGUGGAUGCGUGGGCGGUUGCUUAUCGUCACCAGCUCGAAGCUUCUCACCAACUGAUUGCACCCAACGCUCGUUUCUUUACGGAAUUGGCUGCCCUCUACAUUGGUGACGUCAAACAGUCGCGAUUGAAUCCAGAGCAUAUCCAGGAACUGGUGGCGCUGCCUGCUCUACGCAAGCGAUGGCACGAGCGGCAGACGAUUACACCGGAGGCAGAGCUGGAGACCGAUUGGACCAGUCUGGCUCGCGCCAUGAGCUCCCUUCCGACAGGUGUCCAACGUUGGACCACAAAGCAUGUCGUGGUUAUGUGUGGUGUAGGGAAGUUCAAAGUCCGGUGGAGUUCCGCAGACUCAGCUGCGUGCCCCUGCUGCGGCGAGUUCGAGGACCACCUUCAUGUCCCUCAAUGCAUGGCGCCCUCGGCGAGUGCGGAAUGGGAUCGCCGGACGGCGACCUUGGACCAAUGGCUUGACGCUCAAGUCACUGACCCAGCCAUCAAACACGCUAUCCUUCAUCUUCUUCAAGAGCUGAUCUUGCUUGGAUUUCAUAUGGGGGAACACCGGAACUCGGUGCAACAUUCAGAGGACAACGUACAGCUACGCGAACGUAGCCGCUUGGUGAACGAUGGUAUACACUCUCAGUUUGAUAUGGGCCCAACCGACCUUCCCAAGGUAGUCCAACGCAUGCUUGCGGUAAAACGCAGAACAGUGUUGAACAAGCCGCUGGUCGAUAGGGAAGAGUGGCUGAAGCUGGUCAGAAUGGAACGCACGGCCUACCGCCGCGCUCUGGCGCCUCAACGCCGUAUCCUUCACCGCUUCUUCCACCCGGCCCAGGCCCCUUAA